AUCAUAUCUGAUAUUUCUCUCUUUACACCUGUAUACAUUCUCUCUCUCCAAUCGAGUAAGAAAUCCGAUUUUUUAGGGUUUUGAAUUCGAUUUGGAUCUGGGUUUUGAUGCUGUUUUGCUACUACCCAGAGCCAACAAAUCUAAUCUAACAAAAAUGAUUCAACGGGUCGUUGACAACCUCCUUGCUGUCACCAAAGAGUCUGUGAAAACAAUUACUUAUGAAUCAUUGAAUAAUAUUUUGAGGCUGAUAAAUGGAUUAUCAGCAAUGUUGCUGGCUAUAUUGCCUGGAAAGACUAACAUGCUUGAAGGGAUUCAUGGUUGGGAGCUCAGACCUGCUUUUCGUGGACCCCGCCUCCCUCGUUGGAUGGAGAAUGGGGUGUCAUCUUUUAACCAAUUUGUUCAUGAAUUAUCCAUGGAAUCUGACUCAGCAUCAAGUGAAGAUUAUUCAUCUGGAGAAGAAAUGGAUGAUGAUGAUGAUGAUUACAUCUCUCCUGCAUCUCCAUCAUCACAAAGCUCUCGAUUCUCUAGAUCAAGCAGCUACACCAAACGUAGAAAAGACUGGCCACACUGGAUUCUAUCCAUAUUCAUGUGGCUUUUACUUCCUGCAAGGCUAAUGAUUGGGAUCCCAAUUUAUCUGUAUAGCUUAGUUUUCACUAGAGACUCAAAGGGAGCCAAUAGAAUUGCAGGAAGAUUGCAGAAUUCAAAUGUGCCAGGUGGCAGGAAAGCAUUGGAUCAUGUUGUUGAAUUGGCUACUGACAGAAGACGUGGAGUUAUAGAGGAUUUACAUCUUGGAAUAGAGAUUUUUAUAGAAACCAUAUUUGAUGGGAUUCAUAAGAUGACAGCUUGUGUUAUUUCUCCAUGGGAGUCUUUAAGGGUGUUUUUGAAGUGGUCUUCUCCUGAUGAUCCAAGUGCCUAUGUUGCCACUGCUACUCUUGCAAAAGACGAUCCUACCCCUACAGAAAGGAAAACCAGGUUGAAUAAUUCUUUAAAUACAGAUGGGCGUACAUGUGAAGAUGUCAUUACAGAGCUUGGGUACCCUUAUGAAGCUAUCAAUGUGGUUACUGCUGAUGGAUAUGUUCUUCUUUUGGAACGAAUUCCUAGACGCGAUUCAAGAAAGGUUGUUUAUUUACAACAUGGAGUCUUUGAUUCAUCCAUGGGUUGGGUGUCUAAUGGAGUUGUUGGGUCUCCAGCUUUUGCAGCUUUUGAUCAAGGGUACGAUGUUUUUCUAGGCAAUUUCCGUGGUCUCGUUUCUAGAGAACACAUCGACAAAAAUAUAUCUUCACGAGAGUAUUGGCAUUACUCCAUCAAUGAAAACGGAAUCGAAGACAUACCCGCAAUGAUUGAAAAAAUCCACCAAGUAAAAACAACCGAAUUAGAACACAACACACAAGAAUUAGAAACCGAACAACCAUACAAACUUUUUGCAAUCUGCCACAGCUUAGGUGGUGCCGCCAUCCUCAUGUACCUAAUAACCCGCCGGAUUCAAGAAAAGCCCCACCACCUCUCUCGGCUCAUCCUCCUCUCACCCGCCGGAUUCCACCACGACUCAUCAUUCCCUUUCACCGCCCUCGAACACCUCCUCUUCUGGUUCUCCCCGAUCCUACAACCUCUCGUCCCCGCCUUCUACAUCCCCACGCGCUUCUUCCGAAUGUUACUCAACAAAUUAGCACGCGAUUUCCACAACUACCCUGCGGUUGGUGGUGUAGUCCAGACCCUUUUUGGGUAUUUACUAGGCGGUGAUAGCUCAAACUGGGUUGGAGUCAUCGGGUUGCCCCAUUACAACAUGAACGACAUGCCAGGUGUCUCGUUUGGAAUCGCGCUUCAUUUAGCUCAAAUGAAGCGGUCGAAAAGGUUUAGGAUGUUUGAUUACGGAAGUGCUCCGGCGAACAUGGCGGCGUAUGGGUCGCCGGAGCCGCUCGAUUUGGGGGAGUUUUACGGGCUGAUUGAUGUUCCGGUGGAUGUGGUGGCCGGAAGGAAAGAUAAGGUGAUUCGGCCGUCGAUGGUGCGGAAACAUUAUCGGUUGAUGAGAGAUGCGGGUGUUGAUGUGUCGUAUAAUGAGUUUGAAUAUGCUCAUUUGGAUUUUACGUUUUCUCAUCGGGAAGAACUUUUGGGGUAUGUGAUGUCGCGUUUGAGACUUGUGUCGCAGAAUAUGAAAAAAGAGAUGAGGUUGAAGAAGAAAGAUUUGACUUGUUGAUGCUUCGGUGUAUAAAAUGAUAGGUUUUUCUUGAGUGUAAGUUGUAAUUUUGUGUUUUGUGUUUUGUGUGUGUAUAUAUAUAUCGUGUCGAGUUCUUCCUUGGUUUUAGAAGGGGAUGGAGAUGUGUGUGUGUGUGGGGUUAGUAUGUGAAUGUUAUAGGUCUAUAUGAAGAUAAUGUUGGUUAUCUCUUAUAGUUGAUGGUGGUGUAUGUUACUCGAGAAAUCUAAUCUAAGUUUCGUGAUACCAUAGAAAUCUACCGGGGUAUUUUGGUUUUCA